CUCACUUGAAAUGAAAGGACGGAGCUGUAUAAACAAAUACAGCCCUUCCCUCUGUUUCUCUCACCUUCCUUCCUUCCUUUCUUGCUCCUUCCUCUGUCUCUCUCUCUCUUUUGCUCUCCUUGUCACUCUGUAUUGUUAUUCUCUCUUUGUCUCUGCCUCUCUCUCUUUCUCCCUUCCUCUCUCCCUCAAUUGGCUGGACUCUACAACAUGAGCGAGAGCCAGAGUGUUGCUCCGCUGAUGGGGAGUGAGAGAGAGCCAGUCAGUGAGCAGCAGAGUCAACAGCUCUCUCAGGAUAGGAGGAGUGUGUGUAUGUGUGUGGUGUUGUAUCUGCAUGUGUGUGCAUGUGGGAAGCCUGGGAGGCCACGCCCACUCUGGGCUGAUUCCAGGCAUCCUGGCGAUAAUGAAGUCUGCGCGGCGCUGCCUGCCAGUGUGUCAUACUACCAUCGCUCUAGCGGACACACGCUCUCUCUCUCUCUCUCUCUCUCCCUCUCUCUCUAUAAGCACACACACACAGCGGACCCCUCUCGCUGUCAAACACGCACACACAGACUGAGAGAAGUGGAAGCAAAGACAACAGGACGUAAAGGAGGGAGAGGGGAGAAGAGUUUUGGUGUGGUGGGAUGGUUGUGGCAGUGGUAGCCCAUCACUGUGGCUAAACCAGCGGUCUCGCAUUGCCCCGCGGGACAGACGGCAAGUGCCGUAUACAGCCGCCAAACCCCCCUCCCCCCUACCCCCUUCCUCCUUCUCCCGCCACACACACCACCUGCCGCCACGGAAUUCUUGGAUUAAUCUCUUCUCCCGAGCGGGAUCGGAGGAGUUGCUGAACGGACAACAUGGGGAACCAGGCGGGAAGACAGGAUGAGACGGAUUCAGGUGCCACGGGGAACAAGAAGUCCGGCAUCCCAGCACCCAAAGAGCUCCCCACCAGUAUCACCAGGGACCGCGUCUCUCUGAGAGAGCAUCUCAAGAACUCCACUGCCAAGAAGAUUGUUUCCAGUGCCAGCACGUCCAGCCUCUCCUCCAUAGCCAGGCACCCGCGCAGCACAGCCAGGGCUCGGGGCGAUGCGGAGAGCCCGGACAAGGGCCUUCUGGAGUCCCAGGUCAAAGAGCUCCAGGCUGAGGCCAAGGCCAAGGACAACGAGAUCAACAACCUGAGGAUGGAGCUGCAGGGCUUCAGAGGGAAGGCCCCCGCCGCCUCCCCGACCGCAGAGACACCGGGCUCCGACUCGUCCCGAGAGGAGUCCCCCGAGCAUGGGCCGGUUCAGGUGUCAGACGUCCUGGUGAUGGUCGGGGAGCUCAGGGAAAAGAACGCCAAGUUCCAGAAGGAGCUGGCCGGCCUCCGGGAGGAGAACCAGACUCUGAAGGAGACGCUGCUGGGCCUGGAGACUUCUUCCAAGCCCAUGCUCAACGGCCUCCCGUCAGACUCAAACGCCUCCGCUCCUGGGGAAAACAGCCCACCCUCCGCCGGCAGCCCACUCAGAUCCUCCCUCUCCUCCAGCGCUGACAUCAAGGAUGCCUCGUCCCCCGACUGCUCAGAGUUCGAGAAGAUCCCGUCCCACUCCACCUCCGCCUGCAGCAGCAUCAGCAGCGACGCCACCAGCGUACCAGCGGGGAACGGCGCGGCGGGGACCGGCAUCUCCGUGCAGAGCCUCACCGACCAGAUAUACAAGAUGGAGGAGAGCCACCACAGCACGGCCGAGGAGCUGCAGGCCACGCUGCAGGAGCUGGCCGACCAGCAGCAGGUGGUCCAGGAGCUCACCGCCGAGAACGAGCGGCUGGCCCAGGACAAGCGGCUCCUGCAGUCCUCCCUCCAGCAGCAGAGGGAGCGGGUGGACCUGGUGGCCCAGAAGAACGAGGUGCUGGCGGGGCGGCUCCAGGAGCAGGCCCAGGCCCAGGCCCAGAGGGAGGAGGAGCUGGGCAGCCAGGCUCCACGACACGCCGAGCUGGAGCAGCGGUACGGCGAGCUGGUGGAGAGCUCCCGCUUCGAGCGGGAGAAGCUGGUGGACAUCCAGCAGCAGCUGACGGGCAGCCUGCGCGCCCUGGAGCAGGAGCACCAGGAGGCCCAGGCCCAAGCACGCAGCCUCAGAGAGGAGCGGGACGGCCUGCAGGAGCAGCUGGAGCUGGCGGCCCAGGUCGGAGAUCAGGCAGCCAAGGCCGCCGAGGGGCAGCGGGCCUGCGGCGAGGGCCUGAGGCUGGACAACAGCCGGCUCAAAGCCCAGGUGGACAUCGAGAGGCAGAAGGUCAUGGAGAUCAAAGCCAUGCAGAGCGCCAGUGACAGCACGGAGCUGCAGGGGCUACUGAAGGCGGCACACGAGGAGAAGGACCGGCUGGAGGUCGAGCUGUCGGAGCUGAGGCAGGAGUUGCUGCAGGCGCAGGGGGAGGCGGAGCACGCUAAAGACACCAUCUCCAAGGCGGAGAGCCGAUGCCAGCAGCUCCAGGAGAGUGCGGCGCGGCGGGAGCAGGAGCUGGUGUCCAGGGUGGGCGCCCUGGAGGAGGCGGGCCUCCAGGCGGAGAACCAGGUGAAGGAGCUGAAGGAGACCAUCUUUGAGCUGGACGACCAGGUGGAGCAGCAGAGGGCCGUCCACCUCCACACCAACCAGACCGUCCUGGACAUGGAGAAUCAUGUCAGGAAGCUGGAGGAGCAGAAGGCGGAUGCAGAGCGACAGGUCAAGCUCCUGACGAGACAAUCGAAGGAGGAGAAGGAGGAGUGGAGGCGGUUCCAGGCGGACCUCCAGACGGCGGUGGUGGUGGCCAACGACAUCAAGGUGGAGGCCCAGCAGGAGCUGCGCGCCCUCCGCAGGCAGCUGCAGGAAGAGCAGCACCGCAGUGCCAAGCUCUCCAGCGACCUGGAGGGCCUGCAGGGAGUCAGGUCACCAGGGGACGAGGGGAGAGUUUCCGGCACAGAUGGCGGGAGCGGCGGCGGCGGCGGUCACUGGUGUGGCAUCGCCAGGACCACCACGACCCCAACCUCGCCUGGCGACGCCCACACAGAGGACGACUCCGACGGCGGCGCCACCGUCCAGUCUCUCAUCAAGUCGUUUGACACCGUCGGACCGAGUGGAGCAGGACACACAGUACUGAUGCACUCCACUCCUAGAAGCCCUCUCAGUGGGAUCCCGGUGCGGUCUGCCCCUGCUGCUGCCGUCUCUCCCACCCAGAGGCUGUCGUACAUAAAGCCCCUCCCUAAGGCAUUGGAGAGGAAGAUCAACCACGGGGAAUUCUCUCAUCCUGACAAGCUGUCGGGGUGUCGGAACGACCUGAAGCCCACCAACCUCAUGAGGAAGAGCCCCUCGCUGGAGUCUGUCAUCAAAGCCCCGGGCUCCCUCACCGGUCGCACCGCCUCCUUCAGCUACAACCGGCCCAAUAGCAAGCUGAGUGUGGAAAGAAAAGACCCCUUGGCUGCACUGGCGCGGGAGUUCGGAGGAUCGAAGCGCAACGCUCUUCUGAAGUGGUGCCAGAAGAAAACAGAGGGCUAUCCGGUAGGGCCGGGGCUGGGGCUGCGGACUUCCCUUUUAAGAUAAUCACCACGGACGAUUCACUACUCGUCGUAUUUGUGUCGCUCUGACGUUUCAAUAUCCCUUUCGCAACUCAUCACUGGAGACUGCACGGUGGGGGAAAUUGAUGUUCAGGACAUUGACCCAAACAGCGGGCUGACAAACGCUUCUCUGUGUGCGUGAUUUCCUUAAAUGCGUCAUGUGGAUUGGCCUGCGCCUCGGAGGCUGGUGUUUGUUGUGGAUAUUAAGGUGGGGGUAUAUAUGACGUGUCAUUGAGAUGUUUAUCUCCGAUGGCAUGGUGCUGCUGCUGUAUGUUUGCACACAUCACGUUGUGUCUCGGAUUGUUAUGGAGAUUGAAUCAGCAAGAUUAAACAAGUUAGAACAAAUAGAACAGAUAAAGAAUUUGAAUAUAAGCAAACAUUUGUGCGUGUGUGUGUGUGUGUGUGUGUGUGUGUGUGUGUGUGUGUGUGUGUGUGUGUGUGGUGGAGAGAGAGUUUGUGGUGGAGUGUGUUUGUGUGUGUGUGUGUGUGAGAGAGAGUUUGUGGUGGAGAGGGUGUGUGAGUUUGUGGUGGAGUGUGUGUGUGUGUGUGUGUGAGUGACGGCUACAAUCAUUUAUAAAUACACCCAUACCAUUUGUUUUGUGCGAUAAGCAUUGUAUCCUAUUUUCUAUUUGUGUCCCUGUGUCCAUGGCACCAAGUGUUAACAGCCCAGCCUGUUAGCAACUAUUCUCACUGCAGCUUUAAGGAGCACAUUAGGACCUGUGGGAUUAUAGCCAGCUAGUUAAAACUCUUAGCACAUUCCCAUUCCCUGUAGCAUGUACAGUCAACCCUGUGUUCCCUACUGGCAGGGUUACCCUAUAGAAAGCAUUGUUGAUCCAACCUCAGGUUAUGGUGAUGCUAACAUAACAUCAGUAGCUCCGGCCUGACCAUAGGCGCGGGCAGAGUUUGGCUUAUUUAAGGUCCCAGCCUCCCUCUCCUCUGUGAUGCGUUGCAUGUUGUUGAUGAAUUGGCAGGAAUGUGAGUGGGAUCAAUAGUUUCUAUUGUCAGCGCAUGCCAUCGCAGUCCAGUGGACUUUGACUCACCCCCUCAGAGGACGACCGCCUGAGACUCAUGCCGGC